AUGGCUGGGGAAAUCCAAGAAAAGCCGCAAAUGAAGUUUCCGUUUCCUUACACGCCAUAUCCCAUUCAAGAAGAAUUCAUGGCUAAACUUUAUCAGGUUUUGGAGUCGGGCAAGGUUGGCAUAUUUGAGAGCCCAACUGGCACCGGAAAAUCUUUGAGUCUUAUUUGUGGAGCCCUCUCCUGGCUCCGAGACUUUGAAGAGAAAAAACGGCAAGAAGAGGCCCGUCUCUUGGCCACUGAAAUUAAUGGGAAGGGUAGCAAAGAGCAGCUUGAGGAGGGCAGCACCGAGGCUGCAGCCAGCCAGUCCUCCACCGGAGAGCCAGAUUGGAUCACCCAGUUUGUGCAGAAGAAAGAAGAGCGGGAAACGGUGCAUAGGCUGAAGGAAGAGCAGAUCAGAAGGAAGAAGCGAGAGGAACGCCUUGAGCAAAUUCGCCACAAUGCGCAGCUGAAAUAUGCAUCUAAAAGAAAGAGGCUGGAAGAGGAGGAGGUGGAACAUCUGCUCCAGCUCAGUAAAGAAGUUUUGUCCAGUCCGGGCAUGUUGGGUUCUUCAGAGCCACUGGAUCUGAGUGAGGAAGAUCUGAUCCUUGCGGAGUACGAGAGCGACGAGGAGAAGAAAGUGGGAAGCAGGUUAAAGGAAGAAGAUGAUGACGAUGAUCUAGAGGAGGAACACGUAACCAAGAUCUAUUACUGCAGCCGAACACACUCGCAACUGGCCCAGUUCGUGCACGAGGUUCAGAAGAGCCCUUUUGGCCGGGAGACGCGCCUGGUGUCCUUGGGGUCUCGGCAGAACCUGUGCGUGAAUGAGGAGGUUCGGCGCCUGGGAGCUGUCCAGCUUAUCAACGAUCACUGUCUGGACAUGCAGAAAAAUAAACAUGAGAAGAAGACCUCCGGGGCGGAGACGGAGGGCAAGAAGAGGCGCGUGAGCCGGACGACGUGUCCGUUUUACUCCUAUGAGCACAUGCAGUUCCUUCGGGACGAAGUUCUGGUCCAGGUGAAGGAUAUUGAGCAGCUGGUGACUCUGGGGAAAGAAAUGAAGGCCUGCCCAUAUUACGGAAGCCGAUACGCCAUCCCGGCUGCUCAGCUGGUGGUGCUACCGUAUCAAAUGCUUCUGCAUGAGGCCACCCGAAGCGCCUCUGGGAUCAAGCUGAAGGAUCAGGUGGUGAUCAUUGAUGAAGCCCACAAUCUGAUUGAUACCAUCACCUGCAUCUACAGUGCCCAGGUUAGCGGUUCUCAGCUCUGCUGUGCCCAUUCCCAGCUGUUGCAGUACAUGGAGCGAUACCGGAAACGCUUGAAAGCAAAGAACCUGAUGUACAUUAAACAGAUCCUCUUUUUGCUGGAGAGGUUUGUGGCUGUUCUUGGAGGAAACGUCAAUCAAAACCCCACCACUCAGGGCAUUCCACAGACAGGGAUGCAGCUGAAAUCUAUCAAUGACUUUCUCUUCCAGUGUCAGAUUGACAACAUCAACCUCUUCAAGGUUCAGCGCUACUGCGAGAAAAGCCUCAUCGGCAGGAAGCUGUUUGGGUUCAUGGAGAGAUACGGGGCCUCCGGGGCUUUGAAAACGAGGAAAGAGGACCAGAAAAUGGCUGGUUUGCAGAAUUUCCUGCAAUCUUUGGACAAGAGGCAAGGGAAAGAAGGCAUGCCGCAGAGCCCCCCUGAAGAUGCUGACGAAGACCAGCCCAAAAUGGCAUCUCCUCUGAUGCAUAUUGAGGGGUUCCUAGCGGCGCUCACAAACGCCAAUCACGAUGGAAGGGUGAUUCUCACCAGGCAAGGCACUUUGGCUCUGAGCAGCCUGAAGUUUCUUCUGCUGAACCCAGCAGUGCACUUUGCCAAGGUGCUGCAGGAAUGUCGGGCUGUGAUCAUUGCUGGGGGCACCAUGCAGCCGGUGGCCGAUUUCCGGGAGCAGCUGCUUGUGUGUGCGGGGGUAGCUGCGGACCGGAUUGAAGAGUUCUCCUGUGGUCACGUGAUUCCCCCGGAGAACAUUUUACCCAUCAUCCUCUGCAGCGGCCCAUCCAAUCAGCAGCUGGAAUUCACCUAUGAGAAGCGAGGCCUGCCUCAGAUGGUGGACGAGACGGGGCGGAUUCUUUGUAACCUGUGCAACAUCGUCCCCGGGGGCGUGGUGUGCUUCUUCCCCUCCUACGAGUACGAGAAGCACGUGUAUGCGCACUGGGAGAAGACCGGGCUGCUCACUCAACUGGCCGCUAAGAAGAAGAUAUUUCAGGAGCCGAAGAGAGCUCACCAGGUGGAGCAGGUGUUGGGCGAGUACGCCAAGUGCAUCAAGCGCUGCGGCCAUGCAGGAGGUCCCCUGACGGGAGCGCUGCUGUUCUCCGUCGUCGGUGGGAAGAUGAGCGAAGGAAUCAAUUUUUCCGACGACCUGGGAAGGUGUGUGAUUAUGGUGGGGAUGCCUUACCCCAAUAUCAAGUCUCCAGAACUUCAGGAGAAAAUGGCGUACCUUGACAAGACAAUGCCAAAAACUGCAGGCCAGGCACCGGGCAGGCAGCUCAUUGAGAACCUCUGCAUGAAAGCUGUCAACCAGUCCAUCGGAAGAGCAAUUCGUCAUCAAAAGGACUUUGCCAGCAUUGUGCUCUUAGACCACAGGUACACCCGUCCCGCUGUUUUCAACAAGCUCCCCCAGUGGAUCAAAAGCAGAACCCAGGUCAAGCCGGUCUUUGGGCCAGCUUUUGCAGCACUAAGGAAGUUCCACUGGGAGAAGAAAUCAAGUUGUGAGUCUGUAUCUUCAUGACGGUCACGGCCC